AUCCGCUUAUUCCUCCCCAUGCAAUGGAGCUAGAGGGGCUGUGGUGGAAGGGACAGCUUGCGGCAGACAUCCACCAGGCUCUCCGGUAUAAAGAACUCAAGCUUCCUUCCUACAAAGGCCAGUCUCCCCAACUGAACCUAAGACGCUACUUUGCGGACCUGAUUGCCAUCGUCAGCAACCGCUUUAAGCUCUGCCCCACCGCCCGACAUCUUGCCGUCUACCUGCUGGAUCUGUUUAUGGACAGAUAUGAUAUUUCCAUCCAGCAACUUCAUAUUGUGGCUUUGUCCUGCCUGCUUCUGGCGAGUAAAUUUGAAGAUAAAGAAGAUCGAGUGCCAAAGCUGGACCAGCUGAACAGUCUGGGAUGUAUGACCAACAUGAACUUGGUGCUAACCAAACAGAAUUUGCUUCACAUGGAGCUUCUGCUGCUGGAAACGUUUGAGUGGAACCUAUGCCUUCCAACCCCUGCUCAUUUUAUCGAGUACUACUUGUCCAUUGCUGUUCAUGACACUGACCUCCAUGAUGGCUGGCCGAUGAUCUGCCUGGAGAAGACCAAGAUAUAUAUGGCAAAAUAUGCCGAUUACUUCCUGGAAGUAUCUUUGCAAGAUCAUGUGUUUUUAAACUACAUCCCAUCGCUGGUUGCUGCUUCGUGUGUCGCCGCGUCUAGGAUUAUCCUUCGAUUGACACCAACCUGGCCGACGAGGCUGCAUCGCCUCACCGCCUACGCCUGGGACAUCCUUGUGCCCUGUGUCGAGAGAUUACUGAUCGCGCAUGACAACGAUGUCAAAGAAGCCAACAAGCAUAAACCGCAACUGGGACACGCGGCAGCCCAGUGUCUGUUUCCUCCUCCGUCGCCAGCUCCGCCGCAAGCUCACGUCCAGCAGCACGUGCCUCCGUACCUCCACUCCCAGCAUCCUCACCAGCUGCCGUUCCACCACCACCCAGCUCCUCAGCCGCAGAGCUGCCAGCAGGUGAUGUCGGCUGCCCACGCGUCCGCUUACCCCCUGCAGACGUGCACGUCCGGCAUAACGGCUACCGUCCAGGCGCGGGGGCACAUACAGAGCGCGGCCAGCAUGUCAUUGGCUACUGUGCCCAUAGAAAUCAAGCCAUGCAUCGCCAUGUCCUACAACAGAAGCUACCAAGUGAACGGACACUACCCCUGUAUAACGCCGUGCUUCGAGAGGUGAUGCAAGCAUAUCCAAAACAUCGAACUUAACUGCCGAUCUAAUACAUACUGUGAAUUCUACAGUCGCGUUUUUUGUUUUCUUUUUUUUCCUAUUGGUUUUCUUGUUUUUCCCCCCCCAAAAAGCGAAAGCAAUACGAAGAAGUGUCUGUUACAUUGGAACAAAGAGGGGGGGCAAAAGAAUAAACUAAUUCUAUUAACUACGAAAACACUUAAAAGCGAUCCAUCCCGCAUUGCAGACGUGCGAUUGGCCGAUAAACAAGCUGAUUUUCAGGGAAACGCUUCAAAUAAUGCAAAAAAUGGUUAUUUUUUAUGAAGGAGAUUUGCAGUAUUAACCUUUAAACUAAUACAACGUGCUCCGGGCGAUGUUACGUUCAUUGAUACGCUUUCCAAAUCGAAUGCGGUGGGUAACCCGUUAAACUCGGACAGAUCCGUUGCACUCCGUGUUUAAAAAAAUGAUCUAAUUCCAUGUAUACCUCAAAGCGAGUCUUUCUGGAGAAAAAAAAAGCAAUAUUCAACACAAACUCAGGGAAAUAAUCGGUCAUCUAUUAUCCUUCAUGCUGCUGGUGUAUAUUGAAGAUAGAAGUGUAAUAUUUAGUGGUUUUUGUUUGGCAAAUAUCGUCAUUUUUGCUGCUCUGUCACCUACCAGAAAAUGCCGAAACUCCCACCAACGAAGUGAAAAUUAACUUUUUUUCAUCUUGU